ACACUGUUUAUAUCAGCUGCUUUACGCAUGAGUGGUUUCACGUGAUCUUGCAUGCUGGGGUUAUGAAGUUCAUUUGACGUCACUUCCCUUUAAAAUGGAUGAAUCGUCACAACUUAGAAACAUAAAAGAUUUCCUGAUAAUUUACAACUCGUUGACGGAGCGUUGUUUUACGAGAUGUGUAACAAACAUGAACCAUCGAUACCCAACGAAAGAUGAGACAUCGUGUAUACAUAACUGUGCCGAGAGAUUCCAGAAAGGAAACCAACGUUUUAUGAAACAGUUCAUGAAAAUGACGCCGGAGAUGGUCCAACGACGGAACGAGGACGCAAUGAAACAAGCGAACAAAUAUAAUGAUGUCAUAAUUGAUAAACCAGACGAUGUUAUUGCACAAAAUUAAUGAAUUCUGUGUUAAACAAUUUGUCGCAAAUUUAGAAUUUCUGAUACCAGUGAAGAAUCGUCUGACAUAUUUUACAGAGUUGUGACGUUCUAGAGAUUUGAGGACGUCCAAUUAAUAGUGAAGAAUCUACCGCAGUAUUGGGAGAAUUAUUAUCAGAUUGAACGAUGGUUUUUAACAUCUAUCAUUAUCACUUUGAAAGAUUGUAUUUUGCGCGAUAACAUUAUUUUAACAAACAUGUUUUGCGCAGCUAAUUAAGGUUUCACUGCAGCUUUGAUUACAAAAAAACGUGCGCAAAAUCUAAGUUGCGAUUGUAAUUACGUGAGCGAUUUUUCACUGGUAUCGUGUUGUUGAACUUUAUUAUAGCCAAAUACAAGAUUUCUAUGUUUUAUCGCAUAUAAUCAGGGCAGGUUGUUGCAUUUUGUUUCCAAUAUUGGUCCAUGACUUUGGUGAUGCGCUCAUCCAACCCUGGCCCUCUAGUGUUGGCGAUAUUGGCGUGAUAUUGCUCGAUCGU